AUCUGGAAACAACCUUUCUGGAUUGAUUCCCAAGUCUUUGGAGGCACUCUUGUACUUGAAAUAUUUAAAUUUAUCUUUCAACCAACUAAGUGGUGAAAUUCCUAGCGAAGGAUCCUUUAGAAAUUUCUCGGCUGAGUCAUUUAUGGGGAAUCUUGCAUUGUGUGGAAUUCCUCAACUGCAAGUUUUGCCAUGCAAAAAAAGCACUCAUCGAAAAUCAAGGACUAAAAAGGUUUUCCUAACGAUUCUUUUGCCAACAAGCUUUGCAGUCUCAUUUGUUAUCAUGGUUCUUAUGUGUUUGUUGAUCUGGAAAAAGAGAACAAGGCCACCUACCAAUGUUGAUAUCUAUCAAGGAGAAACAUGGAGAAGAAUUUCUUACCUGGAACUUGUGAGAGCAACAGAUGGAUUCAAUGAAAACAACCUGCUUGGCAAGGGAAGUUAUGGUUCAGUUUACAAAGGAAGGUUAGAUGAAGGAAUGCAAGUCGCAGUAAAGGUAUUCCACUUGGAUUUUGGAGGAGCUCUUACAAGUUUUGAAGUUGAAUGUGAAGUAAUGAAAGGUCUUCGUCAUAGAAAUCUCAUCAAAAUCAUCAGCAGCUGUUCAAAUAAUGAUUUUAAAUCUUUGAUACUAGAAUACAUGCCCAAUGGGAGCCUGGAGAAAUUGUUGUUUUCUGAGAAUAAUGUUUUGGACAUUUCUCAUAGACUAGAUAUAAUGAUCGAUGUUGCUCAAGCUUUGGAAUAUCUUCAUUUUGGCUAUUUAGUCCCUAUAAUUCAUUGUGACAUAAAGCCAAGCAAUGUCCUACUAGACGAACAUAUGGUUGCACAUUUGAGUGAUUUUGGCAUUGCAAAGCUCCUAGGUGAAGAAAGCUCCAUGACACAAACAAAGACCCUUGCCACCAUUGGUUAUAUGGCACCAGAAUACGGAAGAGAAGGAAAAAUAUCUAGAAAAGGAGAUGUGUACAGCUAUGGUAUCAUGCUAAUGGAAACAUUUACAAAGAAGAAGCCAACAAAUGAAAUGUUUACAGAAGAAAUGAGCUUAAAGAGGUGGGUUGGUGAAUCAUUAGACAGCACAGUGAUGCAAGUGGUGGACACAAAUUUGCUUAUAAGGGAUGAUGAACAUUUCUCAGCCAAGGAAGAAUGUGUGUCAUCUAUCUUGAGCUUGGCUAUGGAAUGUACAAGAGAAACACCUCUGGACAGGAUCAUCAUGAAAGAAGUAGUGACAAGACUUACCAAAAUCAGAGCCAAACUUGCAAAAAACGAAACAAGAAGAGGCAGAAGGGUUUUGAAUUUAGGUUAAUUUCUUUCUAUUUUCAUUGAAAAUAAAGUUUUAA